GACUUAAACAGUUAAUAGUUGCCAGUAUAAUCAGUAAUUAAUAAGGAGAUUAAAACACCCCGUGUUGAGAGUGAGCAAGAUGAAAUGGUUAGUCUCCCUUUUGUUGCUCAUCACGGUGUUUCUGAGCGCAUCAGCUUCAAAUCCUGAGGAAAACCGGGGUUCUAGGAACCCCAAUCUGCUGGAAGGAGAUAUGAUCCUUUCAAAUCAGCAGAUAAGGAGAGCUGAAAAAGAAGAAGAUGUCGAUAGAUCCCGUAAAAGAGCAGCAAUGAAAUCCAAGCUUUGGCCGAAUGGAGUUGUUCCUUAUAUGAUCGAUUCAAGUCUUAGUCGAAACUCCAGAGCUGUGUCCGCCAUCAGAGCUGGAAUACAGGAAUGGAGCUCAAAAACAUGCAUCCGUUUUAAAAAGAAAGCAAGAGAAUCGGCUUACAUCAGGUUCAAAUCUGGCUCCGGAUGUGCGUCAUAUGUUGGAAGAACAGGUAGACAACAAGAUAUUUUUCUCGCCUCAGGAUGCUGGUACAAGGGAGUUGUUGCUCAUGAAAUUGGGCAUGCUAUCGGUUUCUUCCACGAGCAAUCUCGCCCUGAUAGAGACUCUUUCAUCACUGUAUUCUACGGAAAUAUCCGUCCGGGGGCGGAGCGAAAUUUUCACAAGUACCCCAGAUCAACGAUUGACUCUCUUGGCACUAGAUAUGAUUACGGAAGCUUGAUGCACUAUAGGAGCACGGCGUUCAGCAAAAACGGACGACCAACUAUAGUUCCCAAGAGAUCAGGGGUUACUAUUGGUCAGCGUCUAGGGUUAAGUUCCAUUGAUGCACAGCAGGCGAACCUGCUUUACAAGGCCCAGUGCGCUCUACGGCCAGGAGUGACUUGCAAGGACAAGACACGCAGUUGUAGAUAUUGGUCUUGGAGACGUCGCUGCAGAUGGAGUAAAUACGUCAAAGCAAACUGUAGGAAAACCUGCAAACUAUGUUAAGAGUUUCAAGCGACUCGGAAGUCGACCAGUAAACAGUGCCAAUUUCGUACUAGCGAGUUCAUUCAGGUCUCUCAAUGGAUUAACAACAGCACCUGUUUUGUAAAGGUUCAUUAUUAGUUUGUACAAUUAGCAUUAAAUAAAUCGAUUGCUUGUCAGCAUGUCGGCUAUUUUACGGUUUGUAUUUAGCUCCCGUCAUAUUAAAACAGUUGCAUGGCAACGAGUGCGUGUGAAUUGUGCCAGUCCCUGCUCGGGAAUUGUGUCUUUGUACAGAACCAACAGAUUAGCAACACUGAUUAGCAAAAUAUUAGUAGCUUUGCGCUCUACGGUGUACUCUCUUAGAGAAACUGAUAUAUUUUCACUGUGUAAACCUGCUUCCAACUCUUAUGGUCUUCAAUCGUUCAUGUAUUUUGCUUGCAAAACUUAGAAUUCUUCACCUGAGAACAUUAGAACGGAACUUACUUUAACUGGUUUUAAGCGCCUCUUGAAAACAGUCUCCUUACAGGCAUGAUUACUGAUUUCCACACAAGUUGUUUAUUUUAAAUUGAUUUCUUUUAUAUAAAGAUAUAUACACAUAUAAUGUACUCAAACAUUAUUGUCAGUAGCAGUACUUUUUGUUUUUCUCUUUGCAAUGUUUAUUAACACCGCAGAUGUUAGCUUUUUAGCUACCCUGUAAAUGCCAGUCAAAAUAAAGUUAUAUAUUUAACUAUGUAUGUAACACAAACACUUCACCAUCACUACGAGCAAUACCACGCUUUUGUAGUUACGAAUAUAACCACGCCAAUAUUAAACGCUUCUCUAUACCGAUUCUGUUUUAUGCUCUUGAUUCUAGAGAGGUAGCACCGUGACGAUGAGGAUCCUUACCAUUAUUAUCGAUUUAAGUACUUAAAAUAUAUUUCAAUAUUUAGAGAGGAAGUCAAAUCAACAUUUAAAUAUCUUCAGCCGAUUAAACCACUAAAAAUAGGCGAUUUUCAUGGUGGCGUCUUUUGACAUCAACUAGCAAAAUGUAUUUCACUCGUUCUUUUUCUCGUGCUCAUAUAGACAACUGUUGCCUAAAACCCUCUGUGGUUUAAACGUUCAAACAAUAAAGGAGAAACGUAAUGAA